UUCUCUAUGUGGCUGGAGUUUCUGUGUGAGUCUCAGCUGACCUGGCUGACAGGAGGAAGAAGAAGAAGAAGAGCAUCGUCUCUUCAUACACUUCAAUUCUGUCAUUCAAGCAAUGACAACUGCAACCGCCGGACUGACCUCCACGACUACCUCCGGAGUCGGCGGUGGUAAACUUUGUUCCCACAAAAGGAUCGCCAAUGAUUUCGCCACACUCAAUACGUCUGUGAGCAGCUCUAAUGGCUUCAAUUGCUGGAAUGCUGCUACGAAUCAUCCUCGCAGACGUUUGGUGUUCGCAAAGGCUUCUUCUUCGUCUCCUCCUCCUCCUCCCGAAAAAAAACAGGAUCAGAGUGAUAACGAUGAUGUAAUUGACGACGAUCAGAAGCCGUCCUCCGUUUCUGUGAUGAAGAGAUUGGUCGACGCCAAUCCGGUUGGAUUAGGGAGACGAUCCAGGCAGAUAUUCGAUGAGGCGUGGCGGAAGUUCUCGGAAUUGGGGCAGAUUUCCAGGACAACCAGGACGAACGACGAGAGCAGCCUUCUUAUUCAGGAGGGUGGUCCCAUGUGCGAGUUUGCAACCCCGGGGGCUCAGAACACCACCGUCCUCGUCGUUGGUGCUACCAGCCGUGUUGGCCGUAUCGUUGUCCGGAAGCUCAUGCUCAGAGGCUACUCCGUCAAGGCUCUAGUAAGGAAUGCGGAUCAAGAAGUUGUGGACAUGCUUCCAACUUCCGUGAAGAUUGUGAUAGGAGACGUUGGAGAUCCUGCAACUCUCAGGGUUGCUGUAGAAGGUUGCAGUAAGAUCAUCUAUUGUGCCACUGCUCGAUCCUCCAUAACCGUAGAUCUCAACAGAGUUGAUUAUCAGGGUGUAUACAACCUCAGCAAAGCCUUUCAGGACUACAACAAUCAGCUAGCACAGUUAAGAGCUGGAAAAAGCAGCAAAAGCAAGCUUUUACUUGCAAAAUUCAAGUCUGCAGAUUCCUUAAAAGGGUGGGAAGUUCGCAAGGGAACUUAUUUCCAAGAUGAAGUCGCUGCUAAAUACGAUGGAGGAAUGGAUGCCAAAUUUGAAUUCAGUGAGAGUGGAGAUGCAGUUUUUUCAGGUUAUGUUUUUACAAGAGGAGGAUAUGUGGAACUCUCAACUAAGCUAUCACUUCCUCUUGGUAGCACAUUAGACAGGUAUGAAGGUCUGAUAAUUUCUAUAGGGGGAAACGGAAGAUCAUAUGUUGUGAUUCUUGAAUCGGGUCCUUCAGCAGACACCAGUCAAAGCAAUUUGUACUUUGCUAGAAUUAGUACAAAAGUAGGGUUUUGCAGGGUGAGAGUACCCUUUUCGUCAUUUCGCCCUGUGAAUCCAGCUGAUCCACCAUUGGAUCCUUUUCUUGUGCACACUUUCACCAUUCGUUUUGAACCCAGAAGACAGAGACCUUCAGAAGCAGCUGUUGGAGGGAGUCAGGACUUGAGAAGCUUUCAAAUGAUAUUGGAAUAUAUAAAAGCAUUGCCCACUGGACAAGAAACGGACUUCAUAUUGGUCUCGUGUACAGGUUCAGGAGUUGAAGUUAGCAGAAGGGAAAGUGUUUUAAGAGCCAAGAAGGCAGGAGAGGAUUCCCUAAGAAGAUCAGGCCUUGGAUACACAAUAAUUCGCCCGGGUCCAUUAAUGGAAGAACCUGGGGGACAACGAGCUUUGAUUUUUGACCAAGGAAACAGGAUAUCACAGGGGAUCAGCUGUGCUGACGUGGCGGAUAUAUGUGUGAAGGCAUUGCAUGACUCAACUGCAAGGAACAAGAGUUUUGAUGUAUGCUAUGAAUAUGUUGCUGAGCCAGGAAAGGAGUUGUAUGAACUGGUGGCACAUUUGCCAGACAAAGCGAAUAACUACUUAACACCAGCAUUAUCAGCUUUGGAAAAGAAUACAUAAAAUCAUGUGGAUCUGGUAGAGUGUUAUUUUGUUGGGAGAUUUGAUUACAUACAAAAGGGCUAAAUAUGGGGGUAAUUGUGUAAAGAAAAUGGUUUUUGUUUCUAUAUUUUUCUUUGACAACUUUUAUGUAUAAUGCAAAUGUAUAAAGAUAAUAAGUUUUUGUUUUCUUGUUUUA